AUGGGCAAGGCGGCCGCCGCCGAGGCCGCCCGCAGUGGACGCAAGACGAUUUCCUACGAUGACGUUUCCCGUCUUGCCCAGAUUUUUGAUCGAUUUUCUUUUCUCCAGGACGUCCUUCCGCCCACAUCGACGACGGCUCUUCAGCAUGGGAGCUCGGCGCGGCGGCAGGCCACGACCAGGCGCGGGAUCCCCAAAAAAGCGUCUGAGCCGCUUUCAGGGCGAAGUAGGCCGAUUUGUAAGGACGGGGCCAUCUCGGGCGACGCCAAAACAGAAAAGGGAGGCUAUAAGCCCACCACGGCGCGGGCGGCUCACGCGUCUGUUGGAAUAGAAUCACCGAAUCAAAAGAAACUGCGGUUUUAA